AUUCAGUUGAUGAGCGAACGACUACUGAGCGUGAUUAACAAGCAGAUCGCAAGUUAAGACUUACAAUUUAAAAAUAUUAAAUUCGAAAAAAGUGCUAAACGCAACGCAAGCACACAUAUAUUAUAUAUAGGGCUUCUGGCGUUUUCCAACAAUGCAAAUCAUUUUGUGUGAAUCAAAUUUUUGAGUGAAGUGACAUUGAUGUGAAUAUGCGCAACGUUAAAAUAUAAAUCGCACCCGCCGCUCAAGUCAAGAUGUGUAUCUAACCAAACGUACUUACUUAUAUGAACGAGCAUACUUCACAACGCUUCUGCAAAUACGCUUAUGAGUGGAGGUAGAGACGGAAAAAAAGCACGUCAAUAAAGUGUUAAAUCGUUUAAGUAUUGUUUAUAUUGGCGCGACACGUGCUUUCACUGAUUUACCUAGUGUAUCCAACCGCGCCCCGCAGCGCAUGAAUGUGUGAUGUUGCCCACUACAGCGUUUCGCCGCCGCAAUGGCUACGAGGAUCUAGACAAGUGCAAUCAAUCAUUAGAGCAAUAUCUACCGAACGUCCUUGCGGGCGCUGAGGGUCAAACAUUAUUGGCAGCGACGCCGUUUGGUCAACAAAAGCAGCAAACUAAUCGUAUUUUCUCAAUCUCAGACACGGCAUUAAAUUUAACGCCACCGAAAAAUUCCAACGCAGUGGCAGCACAUUUAAGCAGUAUGUCUCAACAGCAAUCAACGUCGCACGCUUCGCACAAUCAAUCUACGCUCAGUCUCAAUAAUGCCAUUAGCCUUAGCUCCAUCGUGUUGUUGCCCGCAAAUGUUCCCAGACCCACACGUACGCAAAGUUAUGCCAACCUGAACCACGGGUCCUAUGCCACUGUGUAUGGCAGUGGUGCCGCCAAGAAGUGCGGAAACUUCUACAAGUAUAUGCGCAAGGAAAAUUUGUGUUUACUUUGCUUCGCACUCUUUUAUUGUGUGUACUUAGCAAUCGGUAGUGUUUGCUUUCAAAUUGCCGAAACGCCGGUGGAGGAGUCAUUACGUAGCACUGUGCGUCAACAACGCACCGAAUUCUUGCUGAAGUAUCCACAAAUAUCGGAUGAAGACCUCGAAGAGUUUCUCAAAGCCGUGAUAACAGCCAACGAUCGAGGCAUAUCACCGUUACGCAAUGCAACAAAUGAAAUGAACUGGAGCUUUGGUCAGGCAUUCUUCUUCUCAAGCACCGUGAUAACAACAAUCGGAUAUGGCCAUGUAACGCCACUUAGCCAAACGGGGAAAAUAUUUUGCAUAAUUUAUGCGGCCAUUGGUAUACCACUCACGUUGGUGCUAUUGAGUGCGAUGGUGGAGCGGCUAUUGGUGCCGGCCAGCUGGUUGUUGGGCACUUUGAAUUCGAAAUUGGGUCAUCUCUAUCAGCCUUUCAAUAUACGAUUAUUGCAUCUAAGCAUUGUGGCUACGCUUGUUAUCAUCUUAUUCUUUGCUAUACCAACGGCCGUUUUUGCUUUUAUUGAACCCGCCUGGGGUGCUUUGGAUUCCUUCUAUUAUUGUUUCAUCUCUUUGACAACUAUUGGCUUGGGUGAUUAUAUACCUGGCGAGGGUGUGACCAUUGGCAAUCGUUCCAUGUACAAAAUAUUCAUAAGCGGUUAUUUGAUUUGUGGUCUCAUUGCAAUGUUGUUUGUGCUGACGAUCUUCUAUGAUAUACCGCAACUCAAUCUGGGUCAACUCUUCACGGAGAGCACAAAUGGUGAAACGGAAAAGCUGCGCUUAUCCGGCAACAACACAACCUGCUAUUCGGGCCCAUCCGGUCUGUAUAUGCCACAGCGUGAUGAGGAUACUAGGCGUGCCGUAGUGCGCAUACGUCCACACGGCGACGACUCACCCAGUCCCGAUGAAGCACCAUCUUCGCUCAAUAGCGACAUAAGAGUGCCAUAAGCAGAGACUAGGAGCGGCAUUCGCCGGAUGGGAUGAAGGUGGAGAUGGCGUUGUUGGAGAAACUACUGCGUACAUGGGUGUAUAUCGUUCGCAAAACACUUUUCAUAUCUUCGAAAAAACAUAAAAUAAUCCAAAACCGUACUCGUAUCAUGCACUCAAGUAACAUCUCUACAAAAAUACAUACAUAUGUAUGCAGUUUUAAGGGAAAUAAUCAAGUAUUUAGAACAUACCUGUUACAAAGCAUGUGCUAAUGUGCCGGUUACAAAUAUUUCAUCAAUGGUUUAAUUAAUUUUUUUUUUUUAUUUUAAUGAAAUGAAGCAUAAACAAAGACAAAUCUUUCAAAUGUACAAAACGAACAGCAUACAAUACAAAAAUACCUAUUUAAACUGCUCUACUCAAAAACUAUACUAUCUUAAGCACUAAGUAAAAAAAAAACACAGGACAAUUAUCAACUAUCAUGAAACCUUGUAGAAAUACUGCAGAACUAUCAUAAAAAAACAAAGUGUUGUAUGUUGCAUUGCUACGGGGUAAUGUAGGGUAGAAUUAGUUGCAGGUCUACGUAUUUCUAACAGCAGCUUGUAAUUGUGAAUACUUAUAAACAUAAAUUAAUUUAACAAAUGUACUUGUAUAUGAACUCUACCACAUUGUGAGAACAUGAUUAAAUGCAGGUACAGUGGGUGACGAAAGUCUGCAAGCAACACAUUUUUUAUAUUUUUUUAGUUAUUAAUUUUAGUUUUCAAAUGUAUUACAUUUAAUUUGAGUCGAUUUUCUGCUAAUUUAGUAAUCUAAAACUGACAAAUACGUAUUUUUGAUAGCUAACAUAGAAAAAAAUAUGGCAAUAUGACCAAGUAGAAAUGCUCAUAUUAGAGUAAUUCAAAAGAACAAAUGAUGAAAGCUUAGUUAUCAGAAACCUACGCACGUUAAUAUAAGGUCUAGUAAACAUUUUGCUUAAAAUUAAAUGAUUUAUUUAGCAUUGUUAGAAUGUCCUAAAUAAUAAACACCGUUUUGCUCGAUAACUUGCUACCAUUUUUAAGGAAAUUUCAUAAUGCCACUCUUAUAGCAACCCUCAUUCUUAUUGGAAACAAGAAAAAACGUUAACUUCGGUUGCGCCGAAGCUUUAAUACCCUUCACAAAUAAAAGGCCCCUUACAAGAACUUGAUUCCGAACGUUCAAUUUGUAUGGCAGCUAUAUGAUACAGUGAUCUGAUCUGACCAAUUUCUGCGGAGAAUAAGUUGUUGCCUUAAGCAAUAACUCGUGCCUAAUUUCGUGAAGAUACCUCGUCAAAUAAAAAAAUGUUCCAUGCAAGCACUUUACUCCGAUCGUUCAGUUAAUAUGGCAGCUAUAUGCUAUAGUCAUCCGAUCCAUACAAUUUCUUCGGAGAUUAGAUUAAUGCUUUAAAUAAUAAUACAUGCCAAAUUUCGUGAAGAUACCUCGUCAAAUGAAAGAGUUUCCCAUACAAACACUUGAUUCCGAUUGUUCAGUUUGUAUGGCAGCUAUAUGCUAUAGUGGUCCGAUAUCGGCCGUUCCGACAAAUGAGCAGCUUCUUGGGGAGAAAAAGAAGUGUUUAAAAUUUCAGAUCGAUAUCUCAAAAACUGAGGGACUAGUUCGCGUAUAUACAGACGGACAGACGGACGGACGGACAGACAGACAGACAGACGGACAUGGCUAAAUCAACUCAGCUCGUCACAGUGGUCAUUUAUAUAUAUACUUUAUAUAGUCUCCGACGUUUCCUUCUGGGUGUUACAAACUUCGUGGCAAAAUUAAUAUACCCUGUUCAGGGUAUAAAAAGUGGGCAAUCGAAACAGUGCUUACAUGUUGGUCGUUUUCAAUUAUUUUAUGAAUAUUUUCAACAAUUGACCUUCCAGAACGUGUCUUUGACCGCCUUCACAAAUACAAAAGAACUUACAUUGAUCGAUCGGUUUGUAUGACAGCUAUAUGCAAUAGUGACUCGAUCUGAAAAUUUUUUUUCGGAGGGUGUACCAUUGCCUGAGGCAACAAUCCAUACCUAAUUUCUUGAAGAUCUCUUCAAAUUAAAAAGUUUUCCAUACAAGCACUCGAUUGCGAUCGUUCAAUUUGUAUGACAGCUACAAGUAUAUGCUAUAGUUGUCAGAUAUCGGCCAUUCCAACAAACGACUAGUUUCUUGAUGAGAAAAGUACGGAUGCAAAAUUUCAAAUCGAUAUAUCAAAAACUGAGGUACUAGUUCGCGUAUAUACAGACAGACGUCGACUUAGCUCGUCAUAGGGUUUUUAUAGGGUAACCGACGUUUUCUUUUGGGUGUUACACACCCAAAAUCGUAUAUUUUUAACGUCUUAUAGCCGAACCACGCGUGAUACAGAUAUAUUGGACUUUUUUUUUAAUAUGGUAAACCUUAACCCUUUUAAGGAUUAUUGUUUGGAAGUGAGUUAAAGCUAAAGUUCGAAGAAAAACUAAAAAAAGAAAAGCUAAAUGUUCUAAUAACUCUGGCUUUUGUCACCCACUCCAUAUACAAGUAUACUUAUAUUAAUGACGAUAUAAAUUUUAAGUUACAAAGGACAUAACUAAAAAGGUGUUUUUCGCGUGUUUUUAUUUAUUUAGCUUCAAAAUACAUCGGCUUUUCAAAUAACUAAAUGAUAUUAUAUUAAAAACAUUUAAUUUACAAUAUAUUAUUUUUUUCGCUUUAUCACCUAAAAAAACUUUUACCCAAAAAGCGUAAAACUUUCAAUUAAUUUUACUCUUUGAAUAUCAAUGUUCUAAACGUAGCGAAAUUGUUCAAAUGUAGGGAAUAAGAUAUAGACUGAUUAUGGACGAAUGUUAUAAGUAGUGAAUAGAUUGCUUGAUCAAAUGAAAGGAAUAAUGAUUUUAGUAUUAAUAUUAAUUUUUUGUUUUUACAAAAAAUAUAGUUCAACAAAGAUACUAAUUUUGAAAUUGGAAAAUCAAUACAAAUCUACAGAAUUUACGAAAAUUAGAAAUAAAAUUUUUCAAAAAUUUUUUGCAAGCUUUCUUUCGACCAAAGAAUGUUAUUAAAAACAUUUUCAAGUUUGAAGUACAGCAAGUAGUUUGAUUUUAUUUAAUUAUGAGCGCAAUUUUAGCAGGGAAUUUUAUAUUAACAUUUUAAUUUUUAUUAUAUAGUAUAUUUUUAUGAAAUUUUGUUUAAGCUUUAAUAAUUUUUUAAUUAAUCUUAUAGGUAACUAAAGUUGUGUAUGUAUGAUAUGUUGUAAUUGUAUUAUAUAUUAUAUUUAAUGAAUAGCGUGCAUAUAACUCUCCAUUAUCACGCAUACAUGAAUAUUUGAUUACCUAUAUAACACAAUAAAUAAGUCAAGUAAAAAGAAUUACUAAAAAAUGAAAAACAUUAAAACUGAAAAAGAACACAUUGUUUAGUCACAUACCCAUAUACAUAUGCAUAUAGUUACCGACAUAAAACAGAAAUUGUUUAUAUUUAUGUAAGGAUUAUUUAUAGAGGAUAAUAUAUAAUAUGUAUAUUAGAAUGAAAGACCCGCAGAUAAUGGACAAUGCUUUAUUCGAGACAUAUUUAAGGAAUAUUCUAUGACGACAACAACAAUAAACACAAUAAUAUCAAUUUAAUAAAUAUUCUUAUGUAGUUUACUUUAUAAGAAGAAAUAAAUAAAGUCAAAUGUAAUAAUAAAAGUAUAUAAUGAUCAUAAAUGAUAUUAAAAGAACACUUCGGGCCUUCCCAUUAAACAAAAUGAUAGUUAAUUGUAUUUGUUCCGUUCCAUAAAAUGUUAAAACGUACCAUAAAUGAAAUAUACAAUGCGGAUACACACAAAGCUAUGUAAAAAGACCAAAUGAAAUGAUGGUCGAUUAUAACUCAAACAUAAAUAAUAAAUAUAGUAAUGUGCAAGAAUAAAAUAAAAUUUGUAAAAUAAGAAUACAAUUGAAUGAUCUUCUAAUGCAAAAGUUUGUUAUAUUCAACGAUUAUUGGAAGGGUCCAAGUAUGUAUUUCAUAAACAUAUGUAUGUUUGCUGAGGUUUUAUGUACCUACAAUAUAAAUUGUAUUAUACAAGUCAUUUACAAGUAAGAGUAAGCACAUUUUACUAACCAUAUACUUUUUCGCAGUAUAAAAUUAAAAUUUAUUCAGCUAUAUAAAGUUAUACAAGAUUUCAUUUAUUUACGUACAUACGUAUAAUGUCUGAGCACGAUCAUCUAUAUAUUAUAUAUACAUACAUAAGUUCACAGAAAAAAAAUAAAGAAAUCACUAUUAACAGCAGUAGCCAGUUGUAGUUUUUUGGUUAUCAUUUUUGGUAUCAUUGGUUAUAAUUUGUACGUACAGAAAAUAUAUGUUUAAUUAUUAUAUAAACAUAUGUUACAAAAAUAAAUAUAACUACAAAUUUUGUAAAUUGCUGCAAUAUUUGCUAAAAGUGGUAAAAAUUCACACAUACGAGUAUAUACCUAACCUAUUGUAAGUAAGUACAUUAAAGCGCAUCUAUAACAUUUGAAAAGUAUUGCAACAGAUAAAAUUGUUAUAAAAGCAUAACUUGUCUAAAUUAUGUAAUCAUAUGAACAAAUAAAUUUAUCAUGUGUAGCGUGAA